UUUACUUUCACAGCAAUAGUGGAGAAUCCAGAAUGCAUGCCCUCCUCAUAACCAUCCUUGCAGUGCCACUUAUCCGGGGACAAGAAUAUACGGAUGAAGAAGGACUGGGAGAGGAUGAUUAUUAUCAGGUGGUCUAUUAUUACACAGUCACCCCCAAUUAUGAUGACUUUGGUGCAAAUUUCACUGUUGAUUACUCCAUGUUUGAAUCUGAGGACAGACAGAACAGGGUGGAUAAGAAGGUAAGGGAAGCAGCAGAGACUACCCUUAGUCAUGAAACAGAAGGUGCAGACCCUCAGAAGCCUGAAACAUCGAAACCAAUGACAAUGGAACCAAGUCCAGACCUGAACGAUGCUGUAUCCAGUCUGCAGAGUCCUGCUCCCCUCCUCCUGUCCUGGGCCCUCGUUCAGGGGGGGAUGUAUUUCAUGUAGAAGGAGAAAAAAGGCUGCUACAACUCUUUGGAUGGGGACUUGGGAAGAGGAAAUUGGAAGAUAAAUAAAUGAAAUAAUCUGGUUACU